UUGACUGAUAUAGUGAGAGCAGCGCGCUGGAGGAGCGAGUGGAUGUAUGUGUGUGACUUUCAUCUCAUCUUCUGGACGUCUUGCGGAGAAAGGAAUCACUUUGAAUGGCUGGAUUUUUGUGGAUAAUGAUGCAUAUACGUGUUUUCUUUUUUUAAUCAUGUCGUAUUAACUUCAUAGGAGUCAUGCAUAACUAUUUUGGAGCUUGUUUCUCAGUAGUGUUCUUAAUUUUGACGUUUUGGACUGAGGUGAGCCAGUCGUCGGGUUAUUUGGAGCUUCAGUUGAUCAGCGUGGAGAAUGACAGGGGUGAGCUCGCGAAUGGAAACUGCUGUGACGGCGCACGGAGCGCGCAAAACGGCUUGUGCGACCAGGACGAAUGUGACACGUACUUGAAAGUGUGUCUAAAGGAGUACCAAGUGGAGGUCACCACAUCUGGCUUUUGUACUUACGGCACUGGAAGCUCGAGCGUGAUCGGAGGCAAUACGUUUCAGUUGAAAGGAUUCAAUGGAAACCCAAACAAGGCCAAUGACCUCGGGACCGUUAUCAUCCCCUUUCAGUUCGCCUGGCCGCGAGCGUACACUCUGAUCGUGGAGGCUUGGGAUUGGGACAACCAAACGAUCCCAGACAGCAGUGAUGAUCUGUUGAUUGAGAGGAGUGUUAAUCGUGGAGAAAUGAACCCCGGAGAGGAGCGACAGCUCAUUCAGCAGAAGGGCCGAACAGCCAGCAUCCAGUACAGUGUGCGUGUGCGCUGUGACCGCCAUUACUAUGGCAACAAGUGCAACAAACAGUGUCGCCCCCGAGAUGAUUACUUUGGCCAUUACACAUGCGAUCAGUUCGGCAAUCAGCAGUGCAUGGAGGGCUGGACUGGGCAAGACUGCAAAAAAGCUAUCUGUAAGCAAGGCUGCAGUGAGCUUCACGGAAGCUGUGACACUCCGGGAGAAUGUGUGUGUAAGUAUGGCUGGCAGGGCCUCCUGUGCGAUGAGUGUUUGCCAUACCCGGGCUGUGUGCAUGGCACCUGCAUGAAACCCUGGACCUGCACCUGUGAGAAGAACUGGGGAGGACUUCUGUGUGACAAAGAUUUAAAUUACUGCGGCACACACAAGCCCUGUGUAAAUGGAGGCACGUGUCUGAAUACAGAGCCAGAUGAAUAUUUCUGCUCCUGCCCUGAGGGUUACUCUGGCAAAAACUGUCAUAUCGCCGAGCAUGCAUGCAUGUCAAACCCAUGUGCAAAUGGUGGGACAUGUCAUGAGCUGGCUUCAGGGUUUGAGUGCCAAUGUCCCCCAGGGUGGGAUGGCCAAACUUGUGCUAAAGACAAAGAUGAGUGCUCGUCAAAUCCGUGCGCUCAUGGGGGGACCUGCAUCGAUCAGGAGAACGGCUUUGAAUGUUUAUGCCUCCCACAGUGGACCGGCAACACCUGUCAGAUAGAUGUGAAUGAGUGUACGAGGAGACCUUGUCUAAAUGCUUAUGCUUGUAAAAAUCUAAUUGGUGGAUAUCAUUGCAACUGCUACCCGGGCUGGGCGGGACCGAACUGUAAUAUCAAUGUCAACAGCUGUUACGGUCAGUGUCAGAAUGGAGGAACCUGUCAGGAUGAUCGUCAUGGUUACGUGUGCCAGUGCCAGCCGGGCUUCAUGGGAAGGCACUGCGAAGUGCAGCAAAGCAGUUGUGCUAGCUCCCCUUGCCAGAAUGGUGGACGCUGCCGUUCGCUAGCCACGGGUUAUUUGUGUGAAUGUCUGUAUGGAUACACUGGAACCAAUUGUGAGGCGCAGGUGGAUCUGUGUAGUCCAAACCCAUGUCAGAAUAAAGGCCAGUGUCAUCCUAUACAAGGAGAUUUUUACUGUGCCUGCGCAGAUGAAUAUGAAGGGAAGACAUGUAGUCAGCUACGAGACCACUGCAAAACCAGCACCUGCCAAGUGAUUGACAGCUGUACUGUUGCCUUGAAAACCAAUGGCACAGCAACAGUGGUUCGGCACAUCUUAUCAAAUGUGUGUGGUCCUCACGGGCGCUGCAUCAGUCAGUCAGGAGGAAACUUCACUUGUGCAUGCCAACCAGGAUUCACUGGGACAUAUUGUCAUGAGAAUGUAAAUGACUGUGCAUCAUCUCCUUGUCAGAGCGGAGGAACAUGCAUUGAUGACAUCGACUCCUUUCGCUGUGUCUGUCCUGAUGGCUUUAAUGGGCAACUCUGUGAGCUGGAGGUGAAUGAGUGUAGCGGCGAUCCUUGUCUAAAUGGAGGUAUGUGCAUGGAUCUCCUGAAUGAUUUCUUCUGUCGCUGCACUGAGAACUGGAAAGGAAAGACAUGUAACUCACGAGACAGUCAGUGUGAUUCCAGUACAUGCGCUAACGGAGGUACAUGCUAUGAUCAUGGAGACUCAUUCCGAUGUGCGUGUCCCUCUGGAUGGGGUGGCAGUACCUGUAACACAGCCAUGAACAGCUCGUGUGUAUCUGGUCCGUGUCUAAAUGGCGGGACUUGUAUUGGAGGGGGCAACUUCUACACCUGUAUCUGUAAGGAUGGAUGGGAGGGGCCUACCUGUGCGCAAGAUGUUGAUGACUGCAACCCUCAUCCAUGUUAUAAUGGGGGACAGUGUGUGGAUGGGGUCAACUGGUUUCGCUGUGAGUGUGCACAUGGGUUUGCAGGACCUGACUGUCGAAUCAACAUAGAUGAGUGCCAGUCCUCUCCCUGUUCAUAUGGAGCCACAUGUGUGGAUGAGAUUAAUGGAUAUCGCUGUCUUUGCCCAAUGGGACGAGCUGGACCGCGCUGCCAGGAGUUUAUUGGUGUAGGAAAGGCAUGCGAUCGCUCCGGGGUGCAGGCUACUCACGGUGAUCGCUGGGAGGAUGGGUGCAACAGUUGUCAGUGCAUGAACGGAAACAUCAGGUGCACUAAAGUGCAUUGUGGUCAUCAGCCCUGCUUGUUGCAGUCAGACUCUGGUGAGUCACGGCGCCCCCUGUGUCCACUAGGACAGGAGUGUGUAGAGCAUCAUUUCCUGUCUUGCCUUCGUCCACCAUGCAGUCAUCUGGGUAUAUGUGCCACUCGUGAAGGUCUACAGCCCAUCGACACUCUGUGCUUACCCAGCAACGGCUACCUAGAUGAUAACUGUGCUCGUGUUACACUUGUUUUUGACUCUGACAGCGUCCCGGAGGGCACUACUGCUGAAGGAGUCUGCUCAGAGCUAACUUAUCUGCCAAUCACACGAACUCUGGCCAAAGACCACACCCUUUCCAUUCUUUGCGACCAAUCACCUUCCAGCCAAAAUGCAGUGAAGGUUGCUAUGUCAUAUGAGCAAAACACGUUUGUUGAGGGACGAGCUCAGAUACAGGAUGUUGUCCGCUCCAUCAUUGAUGUUCUGUCCAAACCUCACAACAGCACGUUGCUGUUGGCUUUGAAAGAGGUCCGAGUUGACACUCAGGAUCCAGGUCCCCAAGUCGGUUACCUCAUUCCGUUGCUGUGUGUGCUGUUUGUUGUGUUAUGGAUCUCAUGUUUCAUCGUCUGCGUGUGGUGGUUCAGGAGACGCAGGAAAGCGAGACAAAGAGAGGACACGCAGAUGGAGGAGAGCAUCAACAACCAGCGCGGGACACUGUUGAGUACUCGCACACCUCGCAAAGACAACACAGACCCGCUGCAGGAGAACAAGAACCUGCUCUACCCUCUGGAUCGGGUUGGAGACGGAGCUGAGCGAGAGGAAGAGGAGGAAGAAGGAGACGAAGAGAGCGACAGAGGGCUGGUUCUGCAUAAGUGCUCAUCUCUUGCAUUCACUAAAGGGGACGCAGUGUACACUAUUCCCACUACAGCCCAAAGUCAGCCAAACAGGACACACUACAGCAGCAAAGACAACCGCUGCAAGAACAAUGUGAAUGAGAGAUUAGGCGAGCACAUAAAAGAUCAUUACGUAUGAAAGAACCAGACAAACCUGACAAAAAUAUAAGUAUUUUUUGCUGUCUGAUCUGAAA